UCCGAGGGCGACACGGUGGCGAUGCCGGGGAAGAGGGACGUUCCGGAUACGAAAUCGGAGGCUGACACCGCUGACUGCGCAGAGUUCGACUACGGCAACCUCCUGCUGGCCUUUCAUCCGGACUUCGCGGACAAUGACCCUCCCUGCCUGCACUCUGGGGACCUGCUAAGCCUCAUCUUGGGAGACGUCACAUCCCUGAAGAGCUUCGAUUCCCUGACGGGGUGCGGAGAUGACAUUGCCGAGCCCGACAUCGCUGAGAGCACCAUCUCUGUGGAGCGCAGCAGGGAUGCUGCUAAACGGAGCUCCUGCCUGGUCACCUACCAGGGCGGCGGGGAGGAGAUGGCCAUACCCGAGGAGGCGGAGGAGUACCUCCACCAGAUAUGGAACAGCAACACGGCAGGGGACAGGAGCUACGGAGCCCAGGUGUCGAGCAGCAGUUUGGAGACCCAUGCCUCACAUGAGGCGGAAGCCCACCCCUACAUGGGGGACGCGAUGGAUGGCGUUGACCUCCUGACGCCGCAGAGUGACCAGCAAGAGUCCGCCCCUAAUAGCGACGAGGGUUAUUACGAUUCCACCACGCCGGGGCCAGAGGAUGAAGGCGGAGACGGGCUCGGUGAGAUCAAGAAGGACCGUCUCCCCAGAGACAGUUACAGCGGUGAUGCACUUUAUGAGUUUUACGAGCCUGACGACGCGCUGAUGAGUCCCUCCCACGGGGAGGAAUCCCUGUUUGAGAGCAAAGUCUCACGCCCGGGGAUCUUCAGCUACUUCUUGGACAUCUGCCCCCCUGCUGAGAAGAGCCUGAACCAAAUGAUGGAUCAGAAAAGAGGGGUGAUGGAAACGGAAGAAGAGCGGCUAGCGGCCAUUCAGAAGGAGCUGCUGUACUGGGAGCUGCAGAGGGAUCCGGUCUUGAAACGACUUGAUGUUCCCAGCAAGGAGAAGUGUCCCCGGGAAAAGCAGUGCAUUGAAUGUAAAACUAGAGCAGCCGGCUCGAUGGGCAAGAAUCAGGGUGGCCUUGGUAGUGAGCAGGUGGCCUCGCACGCCCCAAACAGGGCUGUGAAUAGCGGGGUUUCGGUGGCUAGAGCUGAAAAUCCAGAGUGGAGGGAUUUUCCAGGGACUCUGUGUCCUGAAAACUGUUACAACAGCCAAAAAGCCCAAGGAAAUUGCCUUAUUCAGCUCACGAAGAACAACCCGGGGUUCGAUUCAGACCCGGAUUGUGGGUUGUUUGGGGGCUCCAUCCACAGUGGCGUAGCCGCAGCCAAAGCGGGGAUGUUCCCCGGCUACAGACUCCCGGAGCACGAGCGUGGCGGCGGAGCGGAGACCACCACCGGCAAGCCCCAGGUGGGCGGCGAACGCGAGCCCGAGCACGCUGUCAGCUUCUCACAAGCGCUAGUGGAGUUCGCCAGCAGCGGGACCCUCUUCUCCAGCCUCUCCGAAAGUCUGGGAAGCUCCAACUCCGGCUCUUCCUUCACCCAGAACCUCCCUGCCCUCCCUACCAUGGUCACCUUCGACGUCGUCGACGUGGAGCAGGAAGGAGAAGGGGAGUGCGAGCAGCAUCCCGAGAUGAACGCCGGCGAGGACAUCGCCGAGGCCUUUGACGACGGCUACGGACGGAAGGAGUCGUUGGCCGAAUGUGACGAGAGA